GGAAUGAUACACGGCGUGCCGACUUUCUGAAAGAUGACCUUUGACGUCACAGCAGGCCGCCAAGCCACCAGCAUGCCCCCACCUCCAUCGCCCUCUCCAGGAGGAGUAACCACCCUGGGGACCGUGGAUAUCGUGGUGCUGGUAGUUUACUUCCUGCUGGUUCUGGCUGUUGGUUUCUGGUCCAUGUGCAGGACCAAGCGCAGCACGGUGGAUGGAUACUUCCUGGCUGGGAAGAACAUGACCUGGUGGCCGGUGGGUGCCUCGCUGUUUGCCAGCAACAUUGGCAGUGGACAUUUCAUCGGCCUGGCAGGGUCAGGAGCUGCAGCAGGAAUUGGGGCGAUCACAUAUGAGUGGAGUGGUAUGAUGGUCGUGCUCAUGCUGGGAUGGCUCUUCCUGCCCAUUUAUAUUGCCUCUGGGGUGAUGACCAUGCCUGAAUAUCUGCAGCGGCGGUUUGGUGGUAGACGGACACGGUUAUUUAUAACUGUCCUGUCCUUAUUUAUUUACAUCUUUACAAAGAUAUCGGUGGACAUGUAUGCUGGUGCGCUGUUCAUUCAGCUCGCCUUACAGUGGAACAUCUACCUGGCUGUGGUGCUGCUGCUGUCAAUCACUGCCAUCUACACUGUAGCAGGUGGUCUGGCUGCAGUUAUCUACACAGAUGCAGCUCAAACUGCCAUCAUGCUGGCAGGAGCUGUCACCCUCAUGGGCUUCAGCUUUGCGGAGGUCGGAGGAUGGGAUGCGCUGAUGGACCGGUACGCCAACGCCAUCCCCUCUGUCCGUGUGCCAAACACAACAUGUGGCAUCCCCCGAGAUGACGCCUUCCACAUAUUCAGAGACCCGGUGAACUCUGACCUUCCUUGGCCCGGGAUCAUUAUUGGCAUGACCAUCCCCAGCAUGUGGUACUGGUGCUCUGACCAGGUGAUUGUUCAGCGAUCGCUGGCUGCUAAGACCCUGACUCAUGCAAAAGGUGGCUCCCUCCUGGCUGCUUAUCUGAAGAUCCUGCCUUUCUUUGCUAUUAUGCUACCAGGCAUGAUCAGCAGGAUACUUUACACAGAUGAGGUGGCGUGUGCAGACCCUGAGUUGUGUAAACAGAUUUGUGGAAACCCGGUGGGUUGCACAGAUACCGCCUACGCCAAACUGGUCAUGGAGCUGCUGCCUACAGGGCUGCGAGGUCUGAUGAUGGCGGUGAUGAUCGCAGCCCUCAUGUCCUCCCUGACCUCCAUCUUCAACAGCGCCAGCACCAUUUUCACCCUGGAUCUGUGGAAGACUUUCAGAUCUCGUGCAUCUGAGUGGGAGCUCAUGAUUGUGGGCAGAGUGUUUGUGCUCGUGCUGGUGGUGGUGUCAGUGCUGUGGAUUCCUGUUGUCCAGGCCAGUCAGGGUGGGCAACUUUUUAUCUACAUCCAGUCCAUCAGCACCUACCUGCAGCCCCCAGUCUCCAUCAUCUUCCUCACAGGCUGCUUCUGGAAGAGGACUAAUGAGAAGGGUGCAUUCUGGGGCCUGGCUAUCGGCUUGACUGUGGGCUGCAUCCGGAUGUUGUUGGACUUCAUUUAUCCUGCUCCCCUGUGCUACGAGGACGACGACAGACCUGCGGUGCUGAAAGAUGUCCAUUACCUGUACUUCUCCACGAUGCUGUCCUUCCUCACCCUGAUGGUGGUGGUUGCAGUCAGCCUGGCUACAGAGGAGCCCAAACCAGAGCAGAUACGUCGCCUCACCUGGUUCACAAGGUUUGACCCAGUGGAGCCCAAAGAGCAGGUGUUCUCAGUAGAGCAGAGCACUAAGAGCUUAGAGGUGAUCACAAGUCAGACCAGUGAGAUGGGCGUCACAGAAGGAGAGCAGGAGAGCAGCAACGGAAAAGCAUGUCAUCACAGGAAAGACUCUUCAUCGUCCACGUCCAGUGUCGAAAGCCAGUCCAGGCUAUGGUCUGCCCUCUACUGGCUAUGUGGGAUGGAGAGAAGGAAGGAGGGAGCUGAUAGUUCUGUUACGCCUUCUGCACCUGAACAGGCUAUCAAUUCUCUGGAGGAAAAGCCACGUCUACGACUCAUUGUCAACAUCAACCUCCUCAUUUGCCUCUCUGUAACUGCCUUCAUCAUCGGCUACUGGGGAUGA